AUGAUUGCAGAUAUAAGCUCUUCUUCGAAAGACAAGACAGAACAUGUCUCCAUUUUCUCAUCCCAACCACCCAUCUUCAUUUUGCCAACACAUCUCUCCCUGGAGGAGCUGGACGAGAUUGAAGGCCGAUUGAUAGAUUACGGUGGAAGGCUGACCUAUGACAUCGCCGAGGCCGGUCUCGUGCUGGGGAAAGUCGGGCGCGCGAAGCGUGCAGCGCUGGAAUUGCGCACCCGCGGUACCUGGACAGAGGAGCUCAUACCUAACUCAGCUUCGAAGUCAAUGGGCAGUGAUGCGGAGCCCCCUCCUAAGCGUAGACGCACACAUCAGUAUGAUGGGACAAAAGACGUUCCGGUUGAGAUUAUCGACCUUAGUACUGAAUCUGAGAGCGAGGAUGGAACUGCCAAUCGACAUGACCCUUCGAAGAAUCAAAUUCCAGAGCAAAAGGUAGAGGAAAUUAAAAACUCAGUCACAGUCCUCAAGCUCGAGUGGAUGGAUACCUCUAUCAAAUCCGGCAAUUGUGUAUCCCAAGCCCCAUUCGUUGUAUAUCGUGGGCGAAAGAUCCCCCCUCCUCCCACGACAAAAACAGAAAGCAAGCACGACCUACUGGCACAAAAAUCAAAUCAGAUCAUCGAGCGUGCAAAACAAGAUGCGGGCUUACCAGCACCACGAACUCCCCCUCCAGACCACAUCCACGCACACCGCUCAAAAGAACCCCCUGAUGGAUCAUCCCAGCGCCCCCGACCAAAACUAUAUCGACAGACGACCUCCGAACACGAAAAAGAAGAAGCCAACGCACCCCCACAACCAGACUGGGUCCGUGACCAUGUCAUAUUCGCAUGUCUACGCUCAGCACCCUUACACCCUCCAAACGAAGACUUUAUCUCUCAACUCGUGAAAAUCAGACGAAUCCGCGAACUCACCCUCGACGAGAUCGGCGUGCGUGCGUACAGCACAUCCAUCGCAGCAUUAGCAGCCUACCCAUAUCCCAUCCAGACCCCGAGUGAGAUCCUCGCUUUACCAGGGUGCAACGCCAAGAUCGCAGAUUUAUUCGUGGAGUUCCAGCGACACGGCGGGUGUAGUCAUACCGAUGACGACGGGAAUGUCGCCGCUGCCGACGCGCUGGAGACGGAUCCCAUCCUCCGCGUUCUGAACACGUUCUAUGGGAUAUGGGGCGUUGGCGCUAAGACAGCACACGAGUUCUACCAGCAUGGCUGGCGUGAUCUCGACGAUAUUGUGGAGCAUGGGUGGAAUACACUAUCUCGCGUUCAGCAGAUAGGAGUGAAAUUCUACGAAGAGUUUCAGGAGGGCGUUCCGCGCGGUGAGAGCGAGGGUAUAGCGAAUGUCAUUCGGGAGCAUGCUCGUCGAGUCCGGAAAGAUGGAGAUGGCAUUGAGUGUGUGAUUGUAGGCGGAUACCGACGCGGGAAGGAAUUGAGCGGUGAUGUUGAUAUUGUAUUGAGUCAUCGUGAUGACGCGGUGACUCGGAAUCUGGUUGUUGAUGUUGUUGCGAGUCUUGAGGCUGAGCGGUAUAUCACUCAUACGCUCUCUUUGCAUUUGACUUCUUCGCUGCGGGAGCAACAGACGUUGCCUUUUCAUGGUGAUGAUACGAGGAAAUUCGAUACUUUGGAUAAAGCAUUGGUUGUUUGGCAGGAUCCGCAUUUUGAUGCGGGGGAUAAUGGAAGGAAGAAUCCUAAUAUCCAUCGUCGUGUUGAUAUCAUUAUAUCGCCUUGGCGUACGGUCGGGUGUGCGAUACUCGGUUGGUCUGGUGAUACGACUUUUCAGCGGGAUUUACGGCGGCAUGCGAAGAAAGCUCGCGCGUUGAAAUUUGAUUCGAGUGGGGUGAGAGAUCGAAAUACUGGACGCCAGGUUGACCUAGAACAUGGCGGAGAGACCUGGGAGGAGAGGGAGAAACUUGUGAUGGAGGGAAUGGGCAUAGGCUGGAGACCACCAGAAGAACGGUGCUCGAGAUAG